UGAAAGGUCUGUCCAUCAAGCUCUCCACGCAAGGCUCGAUCUAUAUUAAACCAUGCGCAUGCGUCCCGAGCAGACGGGCCGUCUAAGAAACCUGACGCGUUCGGUUCGGGUUCUUUUCUCCCUACAUCAUGAAGAGGGAGGAAUCUGGGGAAGCCGAAAGUGAGGGGGGUUAUCAGCUGGGGCUCUGCGUCCUCUGUGGCCUGCCUGCCUCUGGCAAAUCUACUCUGGCCCGCUCCCUUAGCGACCAGCUGAGGCGGAAGCAGGGCUGGGACGUUGCCGUCAUAACGUACGAUGAUAUCAUCCCAGAAGCGUUCUUCGAGGGAGAGAACGGGCCGACGCUGUCAUCCCAGUGGAAAUCAUUCCGACAAGAACUUUUGAUGUACCUUGAACGUUUCUUGAUGACCAUCAUCAACAGACAGGAAUUAUCUGCCCCAAUCACGAGGACUGGAGGAAUGUGGGAACGUUUUGUCGACUGCUUGAAAAAUCAAGGUCUUAUAUGUUCUGGAACAGGAGAGGCCCAGUGUUAUUCUUUAACCAACACAACUCUGUCUCUACCUUUGUAUCUGAUAUUGGAUGACAAUUUUUAUUACCAAAGCAUGAGAUAUGAAAUCUACCAACUGGCUCGAAAAUAUUCCUUAGGAUAUUGCCAGUUAUUUUUAGAUUGUCCAGUUGAGUCCUGUCUAGAAAGGAAUAAGCAGAGAAGUAAACCAUUACCUGAUGAGACCAUACAACUAAUGGCAAGAAAGAUAGAAUCUCCAAACAUUGAGAAAAAUACAUGGGAACACAAAAGUCUCGUUAUUAGGAGUAGAGGAUCUGGUUCUGAAGACAGUAUAGAAGUGACUGAUUUACUGACUACUGCUUUGAAAAAUCCAAUAAAAUGUUUUGAGGAAAAUAUGGAACAAAAGGAAACUGAUCGAAUUAUUUGUUCAACCAAUAUUCUUCAUCAAGCUGAUCAGACAUUCAGAAGAAUUAUAUCUCAAACAAUGAAGAAAGCCAAAGAUGAAAAAGUGAUUGCCUACAAGCUGAAGCUUCUAGCAGAAGAACUUACCAAACUUAAGGCAGACUUUCUGGAAGAUCUACGACACGGAAAUAGUCAAAAAAUUCCAUGUUCCUGUCAAAAUAGCAUUUCAGAUAUUAUCCACUUAUUUCAUUAUGAGAGAGAUAACAUUGUGCAUAAGUAUAUUCCAAAGGAGUAUUAAAUUGAUUUGCAUUGUG